AUAACGGUAUUCUUUAUGUGCUGCAAUUCAAUACUGACACUGACCACCUUGAAACAUUUAUUGAAAAUUGGCAUUAAUGCCAAGAAUUUUGUUGGUCUCGUAUUUUUCGGUUGUGUUCAAUGUUCGUGUUUACUGUUCGCGUUGUUGGCACCUCACUGGCCGAGACUGAUGUGUUAUUGGUAUCGAAUUGAGUCGAUAUUCACCCAGAAACCCUAUGAGAUGCCGAAACGGAGUUUGAGCUAUCGGGUACGAUUUGCAGCGACGGUGAUUAUAUUUUUAUCGGUUGCUGAACAUGGCCUUUAUUUGUCCUCGGCUAUAUUUUCGUUUAGACGCACCCAGGAAAUAUGUGCCCCGCUGCAUAAUAUCACAGCGGAUAUAUCAUUCAAUAAUUAUAUUCGACGCAAUUAUGAUUAUGUUUUUCAAAUAUUGCCACAUAAUAUGUUUAUUGGGGUGUUCAUUUUGAUUGUCAAUGGCCUGUGCACCUUCAUUUGGAACUACAUGGACAUGUUUAUUAUGAUGGUGAGCAAGGGUAUUGCCUAUCGUUUUGAGCAAAUAACGACACGUAUUAACAAAUUGGCUAACAAGGAAGUACCCGAAACGGUGUUCAUUGAAAUACGUGAACAUUAUGUGAAAUUGUGCGAACUGCUGGAUUGUGUCGACGAAGAUUUGUCGGGCAUAAUUUUGUUGUCGUGCAUUAACAAUUUGUAUUUCGUUUGCUAUCAGCUGUUGAAUGUUUUCAAUAAAUUACGCUGGCCCAUCAAUUACAUUUACUUUUGGUAUUCUCUGCUGUAUUUGAUUGGUCGCACGGCAUUUGUCUUCCUUUCGGCAGCAUCGAUAAACGAUGAGUCCAAAGGAGGUUUGCCCGUGUUGCGUCGGGUCUCCAGCCGCACCUGGUGUGUUGAGGUGGAACGUUUAAUUUUCCAAAUGACAACACAAACGGUGGCCUUGUCGGGCAAGAAGUUUUAUUUUUUGACGAGACGUCUUUUGUUUGGGAUGGCCGGCACUAUAGUGACCUAUGAAUUGGUGCUGCUGCAAUUCGAUGAACCGAAUCGCGCUAUGGGCUUACCCGACCUCUGUGUCCUUUUCAUAUCGCAAUGCUUUGGCCUACUGCCCGUCACAAAUUUGUUGCAUAAAAAUGUCAAUCGACUUCAAUUCAAAUGGCUGAGCAUACCGAUCAUAUAUUCGGGAGUGGUCUUAAUUUUGGAUAUCAUGGAAUUUGGAGUUGUUAUUUAUUAUAUCUGGCAGACGGGUGUUAAUUUCCAUACAUCGGGUACCGUCUCCCUCUUCUUCGUUUGCAUUUGGGAGCAUAUAAUCUUCUGGCGUUUGGCCACAAAGUGGCCCAAAUUAAUGCGUCAAUGGCGUCAGGUGGAGGAAUUAUUUUUGCAGGUUCCCUAUCAUCUGUAUGUCACAUUCAAUAUGAAAUUUUGGAUAUGGUUUUGGUAUUUGCUGAUUAUGGUCAGUGGUGGUUUGGAACACUGUUUGUUGGUUUUCAACUCCUUUCAAAAGAGUGAUUUGGAAAGGAGGCAAUGUAAUCUGAAUGUCAGCUAUUGGGAAACCUUGUAUGGUCGCGAAAGACCCCAUCUGUCGAUGGUGUUGCCAUUUCAAUAUUGGACACUGCCCAUAUAUGAGUGGUUAAACUUGACACUGGCCUAUCCCCGUUCCUUCACGGAUGUUUUCAAAAUUUGCUCAUUAAAGUCAGGCGGAUUUUUGUCAACAACUGUUAACAUCGGUCUGGUGAACGGGCGAGCGAUCCUUUUCAUAUCGCAAUGCUUUGGCCUACUGCCCGUCACAAAUUUGUUGCAUAAAAAUGUCAAUCGACUUCAAUUCAAAUGGCUGAGCAUACCGAUCAUAUAUUCGGGAGUGGUCUUAAUUUUGGAUAUCAUGGAAUUUGGAGUUGUUAUUUAUUAUAUCUGGCAGACGGGUGUUAAUUUCCAUACAUCGGGUACCGUCUCCCUCUUCUUCGUUUGCAUUUGGGAGCAUAUAAUCUUCUGGCGUUUGGCCACAAAGUGGCCCAAAUUAAUGCGUCAAUGGCGUCAGGUGGAGGAAUUAUUUUUGCAGGUUCCCUAUCAUCUGUAUGUCACAUUCAAUAUGAAAUUUUGGAUAUGGUUUUGGUAUUUGCUGAUUAUGGUCAGUGGUGGUUUGGAACACUGUUUGUUGGUUUUCAACUCCUUUCAAAAGAGUGAUUUGGAAAGGAGGCAAUGCAAUCUGAAUGUCAGCUAUUGGGAAACUUUGUAUGGGCGCGAAAGACCCCACCUGUCGAUGGUGUUGCCAUUUCAAUAUUGGACACUGCCCAUAUAUGAGUGGUUAAACUUGACAUUGGCCUAUCCCCGUUCCUUCACGGAUGUUUUCAUUAUAAUUAUUAGCAUUGGACUGGUGGCUAGAUUUCGUCAGCUACACUUACGCAUGAAAGCUGUACAGGGGAAGCCAAUGCCAGCAAUUUUUUGGUUAGAAACUCGUGAACAUUAUCUGGUGCUGCGGAAACUUUUGCGGCUUGUCAACAAUGAGCUGUCCGCCCUGAUUCUGCUGGCCAGUGCCAAUAACAUGUAUUUCAUCUGCUUUCAAUUAUUCAACAGUUUCGUGAACAUUGGUGUUGAUUGGGUGGCUGAAAUGGCAUUUUGGUUUUCGCUGCUCUACAACAUUGUCCGGACACUGCUGACCCUCUAUUUGGCAUCGCUGGUCAAUGAAUAUACCAAAAAAAUUCUAUCCUGUUUACGUGAUGUCCCGUCGAGGAGUUGGUGUGUGGAGACUCAGCGUUUUAGUCAACAGCUAUCGGUGGAUGUGACAGCCUUUACAGCGGCCGGAUUCUUUUCAUUGACACGAGGACUAAUAUUGGGGAUGACCGGCACUGUCGUCACCUACCAGCUAAUGGUCACCGAUGUCAUCAAUGAGGGUUCGAUCAAACAAGUCACCGACUAUUUUUUGUUUAUCUCACAGGUGUUCGCCUUAUUUCCCAUAUCAAAUGUUUAUCACGAAAAUAUUGCGAAAUUACGCUACAAAUGGUUGAGCUUUCCCGUGGCCUAUGCAUCGCUAAUUAUGAUUCUAAAUUUAUUGGAAUUUGUGGCGGUCAAUUAUUAUAUUUUUGUGAGAGGAAUUAAUUUUCAUUCAUUGGGUACAAUUGCCCUAUUUUGGGUCUGCUUGCUGGAACAUUAUUUCUUUUGGCGUAUGUCCGCCAAAUGGCCACGUCUUAUGAGGCAAUGGCGUCAGAUGGAGGAGAUAUUCUUUAAGUCACCCUAUCCCAAUUAUUUCACCUUUAAUAUGAAAUUUUGGCUAUGGUUCUGGUAUUUGAUUAUUAUGUGCAGUGGAUUGACGGAACACUGUUUAUUGGUCUUCAACUUCUUUCAAAAGGCCGACUUGGAGCGUACCCAAUGUAAUCUCAAUGUCAGCUAUUGGGAAACAUUGUAUGACCGUGAAAGGCCUCAUCUGAGAUUGGUAAUACCGUUUCAUGUCUGGUUAUUGCCUGUAUUGGAGUGGCUAAAUUUAACACUGGCCUAUCCACGUAAUUUUACCGAUGCCUUUAUUGCCUUGGUCAGUAUUGGAUUGGCGACUAGAUUUCGUCAAAUAUAUAUGCGCAUCAAACAGGUGCAGGGAAAGCCCAUGCCCUCAAUCUUCUGGCUGGAAACCCGAGAACAUUAUCUGCUGGUGAAAAAACUUCUUCGCAGUCUCAACAAAGAAAUGUCCGCACUGAUUUUGCUGUCAGGUGCCAACAAUAUGUACUUUAUUUGUUGUCAAUUAUUUAACAGUUUUAGCAACAUUGGUGUAGAUUGGGUUGCUGAAAUGGCUUUCUGGUUCUCGUUGCUUUACAAUAUUUUCCGAACGAUUGUAACAUUUUCUUUGGCCUCAAUGCUGGACGAGUAUACGAAGAAGAUAAUCAUCUGUUUGCGUGAUGUACCAUCCCGGUCCUGGUGUACAGAGACUCAACGCUUUAGCCAACAACUAUCGGUGGAUGUAACAGCUUUCACGGCAGCCGGUCUCUUUACAUUGACUCGCAAACUAAUUUUGGCUAUGGCCAGCACUGUUGUCACUUAUCAGCUGAUGGUAUCCAAUGUUAUUAAUGAGGGCGCCAUUAAACAAGUGACAAAUUAUUGCAAACAUUAUGAGCGUUUUGAGGAACCACUAGCUGAGACUGCUGCUGCUUCCUAUGAUGAACGUAACACCAAAAGUGUUCGAAAUACUUUACAUCAUGCCUUGGGACCAUUCUUGGUGUUGUCACGUAUCUUUGGCACCAUGCCGGUAUUGGGGGUAUGGCCAAAGGCUGAUGUCGCUCUGGUACGCUUCAGAUGGUGUAGCUUGCCCGUGUUGGUGACACUCACCCUGUGCCUCUUCGCCACCAUGGAUUUGUUUCUCUCGCUGAAGGUGGUAACAGAAAUGGGUAUAAUGCUGACAACAACAGGGCCCUUAAGCUUUAGCAUCGAAUGCCUUACCGGCUUCAUUGUUUUCCUGUGGCUAUCACGUAAGUGGCCAAAUUUGAUUAAGACCACACGACGUCUCGAAGUGAUCUUUUUGCGGCCACCCUAUGCCGCCUGUCCGGAAUCACGAAUGUUAAGUCAACGGAUACGAGUGACAGGUACUCUCUUCUUGGUGGGUUCGGUGGUGGAACACAUGUGCUAUGUGGGCAGUGGCAUUUAUAGCAAUCAUCUGCAAAUCAAGGAGUGUAACUUAACUGUGGGCUUUUGGAAAAACUAUUAUAUGCGGGAACGUUUACAAUUCUUCUCACUGAUCGAAUAUACGGUAUGGCUGGUGCCACUAUUGCAGUGGAUAACCAUAUCGAUGACCUUCAUAUGGAAUUUUGUGGAUAUUUUCUUGAUUCUGGUAUCGCAGAGUUUGGCGUUACGUUUCAAUCAAUUCAAAUGGCACGUGCAGUGUCAUCAAAAGAAACAUAUGUCAAAUGACUUUUGGCUGGGUGUUCGCAAAGAUUUCCUGGCCUUGACAGAUUUACUGUGGCUCUACGAUACGGAUUUGUCCGGUUUGGUGAUGCUGUCGUGUGCCCAGAAUUUAUAUUUUUUGGCCGUCCAGACGUUUCAUGCAUUUCUCUAUCGUGAUAAUUUCAUGAGUGAAAUAUAUUUUUGGUUUUCCCUGCUGCAUGUGGCGGUGCGUACCUUCUAUAUGAUGUGGUCAGCGGCGGCGAUAAAUGAAACAGCUUAUGGCAUAUUGAGUACAAUUUAUGAAAUACCCACGGCUCAUUGGUGUUUGGAGCUCAAACGACUCAAUGAAAUAAUUAUAUCCGAUUUGAUAGCCUUGAGUGGCAAAGGUUUCUUUUUCCUUACCCGUCGUCUGAUGUUGGCUAUGGCCGGUACAUUGGUUAUUUAUGAACUGGUGCUACUCGAUCAAGUCGAUGGCAAUGAUGUCCAUACACCACUUUGUAACCAAAGGAAGGGUUGA